AGUUUUAUGCAGCUACCAAACACACAGGAUCACGCAUAAAAAAGAAAAAAGAAAAAAAAAAAAAAAGGGUAGAAGGACAGAAUCUUCUUCCUUCUGUGUUUUAUCGUAGCAACUUAAAAGUUAUCGCAUCACAAAAAUGAUAUCGUCUCAGACUCUCAGCCUCCGCCUUUCUCUGAUCAGUUUUGACUUUUGACUUGGAGGAUCCAUCGGUUUUUGGUUUCUGCAGAAUACCACUUGAGAUGUAGUAUUUUGAGAUAACUGGAGAAGAAAAAAAACAGGUAUCUGAAGGUUGGGAUUUUACAGAUGGCAAGUGGGUUUGGGGAAUCAACAAGCAGGACACCCCCAAGCCCUUUCUGCUCCAACAACAACAAUAAUAACAACGAUGCUGGCAACUUUGAAUGUAACAUUUGCUUUGAAUUAGCACAAGACCCAAUAAUUACUUUGUGUGGUCAUCUUUUCUGUUGGCCUUGUCUUUACAAAUGGCUUCACUUCCACUCACACUCGCAAGAAUGCCCUGUGUGCAAGGCCCUCGUUGAGGAAGAGAAGCUGGUUCCCUUAUAUGGGAGAGGAAAGACAUCAACUGACCCAAGAUCAAAAUCUAUUCCAGGUCUUAAUAUCCCACAUCGUCCCUCUGGUCAGAGACCUGAAACUGCUCCACCACCUGAAUCAAAUCAUUUUCAUCAACAUGGGUUUGGAUUUAUGGGUGGGUUGGGUGGGUUGAGAGGGUUUCCGCCGCCGCCAAUGACAACCGCAAGAUUUGGGAAUUUCACAUUGUCUGCUGCAUUUGGUGGUUUUAUACGGCGGCCAUCCUUAUUUAACUUUCAGUUCCAUGGGUUUCAUAAUGGGACCAUGUAUGGUGGAGCAGCUGGUUUUCCUUAUGGAUUUUCUAAUUCAUUUCAUGGCUUCCAUGCUCAUAGUUAUCCUCUGCACGCACGUCAAGGGCAACAAGAUUAUUUUCUCAAGCUACUGCUUCUCUUUGUUGUUUUCUGUCUCGUUCUUGCUUUUAUUUCGCAACAGAUAGUAUAGAAGCUCAGACUGCUAGUAGUAGAACCAAACUUCUUCUAUUUUAGAUCUUCUGGUGCGCUCUUUGUUUAGUAAGUAAGGAAAUUGUUCAUAUAAUAAUCUCUCAUUAUGUGAGACUUGACUUGCGUGAUAUCCAUAUAAAAAGUUGGAUAUCUAAAGCAUGAAAGCACGCAUUAAAUGUUAAUUUAAUGGCUACUAUACUGAGUUUGAGACUACGAGGUAGCAGAACUAGUGAAAGUAUGCCUUUUCUCUA